GACCAAAUUCAAAAUUGACCAUUUAGCUGUGAGUACCAAAACGAAAGAGGAAGAAGCCAUGGCGGCAUAACAUCAACACAACCUCAACAACAAAUGGCAUCGGUGGCAACCCAUUUCUCAGGUUUUCUCCUCUUCUUCCCCGUUGGCGUUCGUCGCUUACUCUCUUCAUCCUCUCUCUACCUCCAAAACCCAACCCACUUCCGAUCCAAACUCUGGUAUUUCGCUGACCCACGCUGGAAGAAUCUUGAUCUCUACAUUCUUCUCAUAGCAUUGCCAAUCGCUUCAUUCUCAGAGCUUUUCUUCUUCCUUUCCUUUUCUGGCCACCCCACUUACAGAUUCUCAUUCUUCCAGCAAUCUCUCUCGGUUUUGGCCUUCUGGGCACUCAUCAUAUUGAUCAUUGUCUAUGAAUACGUGGGGUCUUCUUUUAUGAAUGAAAGUUUUGUUUUUGUUUUCGGUGGAAUUGUUUUUUUGGUGGAGUACUCUGUGAUGGGUAAAGGAAGUUCAGGUCUUUCUGGCAUUGUGUAUGGAUUGUUGGGUGGAUUGACUCUUGCUUGUGCUGCUUCUUGCUUUUACUUGUCAGUUAAGCCUGGUGCUUUUUUUGCUGAGUUUUUGUUGUCUUCUGGUUUGGUUUUCAAGGGCACUUGGUUGCUGCAAACUGGUCUUUCAUUGUAUACUGAUGCAUUUGGAUUGAAAGGGUGUCAAAAGAUUUCACUUUUGCCCCCUCAGCAGGAGACUGUUGAUAUGCAUUGUGAUCUUGAUGAGGAUAGUUUUAGAGGUGUUGCUAUGAUGCAGUUUUUGUUCACAGUGCAUGCUUUUGUGGUUCUGGUUUUGGCUAUUGGAAUGUUUGGGGUGUUGGCGAGUAACCGGAAUUUGAGAUGUGGGGAGUCAAAGGGGCCAUUGCUAGCUGAGCUUGAAUCGGGGAGUUUGCGGAUGCGUCCUCUUCCAGAGCUGGAGAUGGAGUGAAAUAUGAAUGGUUUUUUGGUAGAAAUAGAAUCAAAGAAGGAAAGUCUGCAAUGUGAAUCAUUAGUGUGGUUGUUUAACCUGCCAGGUAGGCAGUGCUUACCAACCUUUCUUUAGUUUGUUGUUGAACUGACUUUGUAGCAAUGUUUCAUGUCAAGAUAUUUUGAACAUUAUAUGUUUACAAUCAAUGGAAAUUAUAGGCGUUGCAUUUGGAAUAA